AUGCUGUGUGUCAGAAACUUGAAGAACUCGCGGGCCCGCAUUGCUGAGUGCAGCAGGCAGCUCAGCACGAGCAGACGCGCAAUGCGCGCUGCUCCAGCGCAGGACGACAUCAACGGCAAGUAUCAAGUGGUGGAUCAUGAAUACGACUGUGUUGUUGUGGGAGCCGGUGGUGCCGGUUUGAGGGCUGCGUUUGGGCUUGCCGAGGCCGGAUACAAGACCGCCUGUAUCUCAAAGCUUUUCCCAACGAGAUCGCAUACGGUGGCCGCACAAGGUGGAAUUAACGCUGCUUUGGGGAACAUGCACAAGGACGACUGGAAAUGGCACAUGUACGACACAGUCAAGGGUUCCGACUGGCUAGGUGACCAGGAUUCGAUCCACUACAUGACGCGUGAAGCGCCGCAGUCGAUCAUCGAACUGGAACAUUUCGGUGUGCCCUUUUCAAGAACCAAAGAGGGCCGUAUCUACCAGCGGGCGUUUGGUGGGCAAUCCAAGGAGAACGGAAAGGGUGGACAGGCAUACAGAACGUGCGCGGUCGCGGACCGGACCGGUCACGCGCUGUUGCACACUUUGUACGGCCAGGCCCUCAAGCACAACACGCAUUUCUUCAUCGAGUAUUUCACGAUGGACCUGCUCACCCACAACGGCGAAGUCGUCGGUGUCAUCGCGUACAAUCAAGAAGACGGUACGAUCCAUCGGUUCCGUGCCCACAAGACCGUCAUUGCCACGGGUGGCUACGGUCGUGCGUACUUCUCGUGUACCUCGGCGCACACCUGCACCGGUGACGGUUACGCGAUGGUGUCCCGGGCCGGUUUCCCAUUGCAAGAUCUGGAAUUCGUGCAAUUCCAUCCCUCUGGUAUCUACGGGUCCGGGUGUUUGAUCACAGAAGGUGCGCGUGGUGAAGGUGGGUUUUUGGUGAAUUCCGAAGGUGAGCGGUUUAUGGAGAGAUACGCACCUACCGCGAAGGAUUUGGCGUGUAGAGACGUGGUUUCCAGAGCCAUCACUAUGGAAAUCCGUGAGGGAAGAGGUGUUGGUCCCGAGAAGGAUCACAUGUUCUUGCAACUGAGCCAUUUGCCCGCCAGCGUGCUCAAAGAGAGAUUACCGGGUAUCUCCGAGACGGCUAGCAUUUUCGCGGGUGUCGACGUUACCAAAGAGCCCAUCCCAAUCUUGCCCACCGUGCAUUACAACAUGGGUGGUAUUCCAACCAAAUGGAACGGUGAGGCGCUCACAGUGGACGAGGAGGGCAAAGACCAGACCAUCCCAGGCCUGCUAGCGUGCGGUGAAGCCGCGUGUGUUUCGGUUCACGGUGCCAACCGUCUUGGUGCUAACUCACUUUUGGACUUGGUUGUGUUUGGACGUGCCGUUGCCCACACCAUCGCUGACACUUUGCAACCAGGCUUGCCUCACAAGCCUUUGCCUUCGGAUUUGGGCAAAGAAUCUAUUGCCAAUUUGGACCGCUUAAGAACUGCCGACGGGACUAAACAAACUAGCGAGAUCAGAUUGGCCAUGCAAAAAACCAUGCAAAGCGAUGUGUCCGUUUUCAGAACCCAAGAAAUUUUGGACGAAGGUGUCAAGAACAUCACUAAAGUUGAUCAAAGUUUCGACGAAGUCAAGACCUCGGACAGAUCCAUGAUUUGGAACUCGGAUUUGGUAGAGACUUUGGAAUUGCAAAAUUUGCUAAGUUGCGCAACCCAAACCGCUGUGUCCGCCGCGAACAGAAAGGAGUCUCGUGGUGCUCACGCCAGAGAGGAUUAUCCAGAGAGAGACGAUGUUAACUGGAUGAAGCACACAUUGUCCUGGCAAAGAGAGCCUCACGGCAAAGUCGAUAUCGGUUACAGAGGCGUCAUUGCUAACACUCUUGAUGAGAAAGAGUGCCCUUCUGUUCCACCUGCGGUGAGAGCCUACUGA